AUGGCCGCGACCUCUUCCCCGCCCAUGGCCGAGAGGAAGCGUGGGGGCUGGGGCCGCCUGCUGGGCGCCCGGCGGGGCAGCGCCGGCCUGGCCAAGAAGUGCCCCUUCUCGCUGGAGCUGGCCGAGGACGGCCCGGCGGGUGGCACCUUUUACGCGCCCAUCGCGCCGCCCGGCGCCCUGGGGCCCGCGUCCCCUUCGUCCCCCACCGCAGUCCCCGCCGCUGACCUCGGCCCACGGCCCCCCGUGAGCCUCGACCCGCGCGUCUCCAUCUAUAGCGCACGCCGCCCGCUGCUGGCGCGCACCCACAUCCAGGGUCGCGUCUACAACUUCCUUGAGCGACCCACUGGCUGGAAGUGCUUCGUCUACCACUUUGCCGUCUUCCUUAUCGUCCUGGUCUGCCUCAUCUUCAGUGUCCUGUCUACCAUUGAGCAGUAUGCAGCCCUGGCCACUGGGACCCUCUUCUGGAUGGAGAUUGUCCUGGUGGUGUUCUUCGGGACAGAGUACGUGGUCCGCCUCUGGUCUGCAGGCUGCCGCAGCAAGUACGUGGGCGUCUGGGGCCGGCUGCGCUUUGCCCGGAAGCCCAUCUCCAUCAUUGACCUCAUCGUGGUAGUGGCCUCCAUGGUUGUCCUCUGUGUGGGCUCCAAAGGACAGGUGUUUGCCACAUCAGCCAUCAGGGGCAUCCGCUUCCUCCAGAUCCUGAGGAUGCUGCACGUAGACCGGCAGGGUGGCACCUGGAGGCUCCUGGGCUCGGUGGUCUUCAUUCACCGGCAGGAGUUGAUCACCACCCUGUACAUUGGCUUCCUGGGCCUCAUCUUCUCCUCCUACUUCGUGUACCUGGCCGAGAAGGACGCGGUGAACGAGUCGGGCCGCAUUGAGUUCGGCAGUUAUGCAGAUGCACUGUGGUGGGGGGUGGUCACAGUCACCACCAUUGGCUACGGUGACAAGGUACCCCAGACGUGGGUCGGGAAGACCAUCGCCUCUUGUUUCUCCGUCUUUGCCAUCUCCUUCUUUGCGCUCCCAGCGGGGAUCCUCGGCUCUGGGUUUGCCCUGAAGGUCCAGCAGAAGCAGAGGCAGAAGCACUUCAACCGGCAGAUCCCGGCCGCUGCGUCACUCAUCCAGACUGCAUGGAGGUGCUAUGCCGCUGAGAACCCUGACUCCUCCACCUGGAAGAUCUAUGUCCGCAAGCCUGCCCGGAGCCAUGCCUUGCUGUCCCCUAGCCCCAAGCCUAAGAAAUCUGUCAUGGUGAAGAAAAAAAAGUUCAAACUGGAUAAGGAUAACGGAGUGAGUCCCGGAGAGAAGAUGCUCACUGUCCCCCACAUCACGUGCGAUCCCCCCGAGGAGCGGAGGCCAGACCAUUUCUCCAUUGAUGGCUAUGACAGCUCUGUAAGGAAGAGCCCCACGCUGCUAGAAGUAAGCACACCUCACUUCCUGAGAACAAACAGCUUUGCUGACGACCUGGACCUGGAAGGGGAGACGCUUCUGGCCCCUAUCACCCACGUGUCACAGCUACGGGAGCACCAUCGAGCCACCAUCAAGGUCAUCAGACGCAUGCAGUACUUUGUAGCCAAGAAGAAAUUCCAGCAAGCGCGGAAGCCCUAUGAUGUGCGAGAUGUCAUCGAGCAGUAUUCCCAGGGCCACCUCAACCUCAUGGUGCGCAUCAAAGAACUGCAGAGAAGGCUGGACCAGUCCAUCGGAAAACCCUCCCUGUUCCUCCCCAUCUCAGAAAAGGGCAAAGACCGCGGCAGCAACACCAUCGGCGCCCGCUUGAACCGAGUAGAAGACAAGGUGACACAGCUGGACCAGAAGCUGGUGGUCAUCACAGACAUGCUUCACCAGUUGCUCUCCUUGUACCAGGGUGGUCCUGCCAGCAGCAACAGGCCUCAGCAUGAAGGUGACAGCAACUCCAUCAACCCUGAGCUCUUCCUGCCCAGCAACGCCCUGCCCACCUAUGAACAGCUGACUGUGCCCCGGAGGAGCCCAGAUGAAGGCUCCUGAGAGGAGCCAGGGACUAGGGAGUCCCAGAAAGGGAGGCCCAGGGUAUCCCCAGCAGGUCCAGCCCAUCUCCCUCUCCACGUGGGCACCAAGCUGGUCACAGCUACCCCCUUGAAGGCCCAAGAGAAUAACCCAACUCCCCAAGGCCUGGCAGCCUAUGGACCAUGCCACCCAUCUGAGCUUGGGGCUCACCAAGGACCCCCUCUUUCCCAGCCAGUGGGUACUGGAAUUUGGCUGGGUAUGAGGUCCCUCCCAGGCUGGGACUGUCUUCCUCAUCGUGACGCUGUUCACAGGGUGGCUAGGACACAGUGAUAGCAAGCAUCCAGGACCCAUGUAGGUCCAUCACAGCCCAGGCUGAAGAGAACCCACCCCAGUGGUGCCAAAUGGCUUCCUAAGUGGAGACAGGGGAACAGCCUGGCAGGGUCUAUAGGUGGUCACCCCUAGGCUGGAAUCCAAGACCCAGUAGGGAGCAGGCAAGGUAGGCCCUGCCCACACUGACUAUAGACCAGCAGGCAAGAAGAAAGGCCUGAGAGACCCUUGCUCAGCAGGCCAUGGCCUGGCUCCCUGGCUCUUCAGAAAUACUGAGCACAUGAGCAGGGCACCAGGAGGUCCUCAGUUUCCCCGAGUCCAUUCUUAAUCAGGGAACGUCCUCUGCCUGUCCACCCAGCUUUGGCCAGCAGCUUCUCCUGUAGCUUGGGGAACAGGGCCUUUGGUCUGUGAGUAGCCCUGCCUCCCAUUCACUCUAGCACGAAGGGAUGCGAGCUCCAUCCUGUCACCCUCCAUCAGUAAGUGGCUAAGCCACAUGUAGGUUAAGGGGUAUCAACUGUUUUCUCACAGGGUGGGCUCCUUGGGCAUCACCUCUCACAGAAAUCAGGAUAAUUUGUGGCAAUUUGGAAUAUGUGUUUUAAUGAGUUUCACAGUGUGAUUUUGGUUAAUUAUGAGGCUUUUCAUAAUAAAUAUGGGGUAUCACAGGUG